AUAAUCUGCAUCUUCUGCUGACACCUUUAUUCUUGAACAUCAAAACAACAUGGCACUUUUCCUGUUCCUGGUAGCUUUUGUGGCACAGACUACAGCUCUGAGUGUAAAAGAAGUGGUGCAACAACAAUGUUCCCAGGGACCACAGUUCUGGUGUCACAACCUUCAGAAUGCAGUUCUGUGUAACAAAGUGGAGUUCUGCAACACACUUAUGUGGAAUGACGCCAAUGUGGACUUGUCUAAAAAUCAAGCUACGUUUCUAUGCCCUGUAUGCCUUGCAGUCAUACAAUCCUUGAAGAACAUGGUUGGUGAUCAUAGAUCCCGUGAAUUCAUCUUAAACUGUGUAAGGCGUGUUUGUGGCACGAUGUCAUGGUUCACCCGCUUCUUAUGCCACAGAGUCGUUAAUCACUUCGGUCACCGCAUUGCAAUACUUCUUCAUCAGCAUGCUGAUCCCAGAAAAAUCUGCAGUGCUCUCAGUUUCUGUUACGGUGAUGAAGUACAUCUUGAAGAAGCACUGCUAUUUGCUGGCCUGGUCAAUCAGGGCGACUGUGGAGCAUGCCAGAGUUUUGUGGCACAGAUGAAGCUUGGCAUGAAUGAUGGGAUGUACAAAGCAGAGAUUUCUAAACUUCUGGAGACGUCCUGUGAUGACAGAUUCAACAGCUCACCUGAGUGUAAAAGUUUUUUGGCCACCUACAAACCUGAGUUAAUGAAGGCCCUAAUGGAGCCCUGGGACUACAAGAUGGCAUGCAAGAAAGUAGACAUAUGUGUUGCAGAAAAACAUACCAAUUCAGCUAAGCACCACGCCAUUGAAGGACAAUGAAACUGCUCUAAUACAUGAUGUAAUGCUGCAAAAUACACUCAAGCUUAUGUGUUCUAAUGCUGCUCCUGCCCUGAUAACCAUCAGCAGAUUUAAACUAGAAUUGUUAAAAGCAUCCCUCUGAGCUGAACUACCACAAUUUGUGCUAAGCAUAUGGAGGAAGAGAAAGACAACAAUCCUGUAACAGUAUGAUGAUAUAUGAUGAACUUCUUAGCUAUUCAAAAUAUUUAAAACAACUUUUUGCUGUGAUUUUAUGGGAUAGAGUCAAAUAUGCCAAAUGGUAGCACACUUAUGUAAAAACUAUAUGUGUUGUUCACUCCACUCUGCCUCAGUAUUGAUUUUCAUAUUGUUAACACAGAAUUUUUGCUGUUUUACCAGAGAUGCUUAUUUUGGCUGUUUGAUUUAUUAAAGUUUUGCUGCUUUAACCUAA